AUGUCUUUCCAUGUUUUUCAGCAAUAUAUAUUUGAUGUCAAUUCUUCAAGUGAAAUUCCAGAACAGAACAGACCAAAUACCAUUAUUCAAAAUUUAUGUCAAGAUGCACAAGGCUUUAAUACCCAAAAUUUGGAUAUAGCUAAUUCUUUAGAAACUGUAAAUAUUUUACAUAAUACAUCUAAUAUUCAAAAUGAACAUUGGAUUAUCACCAAUAAGUUUAGGAAAUUGAUGGAUAAUUUUAAAAAUACACUUUUAAAUCAAUAUAUUUGCAUACCAUGUGUUUAUUGUGGCAAAUUAAUGUAUCCAAAGAAAUGUAAAUGGAUUCCUUAUGAUAAUUCUAUUGUUUAUCCUCUUUCUGCUGCAUAUCCCAAUAAUAGAAAUAUAAUUAAAUUUCAUCCUAAUGAUCCUUUGAGAGUACCAGUAUGCAAUUCCUGCAAAAGUUCAAGAACAAGAUAUUCAUUCCAGAAAUUGUGCCCAAUACCUGAUGAGAUUUUAUCAGUACCAUUAGGAAAAAGAUCAUAUUUGUCACCAGUAUUUAUGCAUAGUAGCUUGGGUAGAAAUGUUCAUAACAGUAAUUAUACUGAAUAUAGAAUUCUUUCUGGAGAUAUUAGAUUUUCUAAAAAUUUAAGGUGUUUUUCUUUAUAUUCAGGAAUGGAAGGUGCAUUCUUGGAAAAUAGUAAUGAAACUGGAGAAAAUAUAAUUCAAACCAAUCAAGAAUUGAUAAAUGCAGCCAAUUGGUUAAAAGAAAACAAUCCUUAUAUCAGACCUUAUUCACGUUUAUUAACUAUUCCAGGGACUUCUAUGAAUAAUCCAUUUCCAAUAGCAUGUCAUAUUCCUGAAGAUCAGGAUGCUCCAAAAUCCUUACCAGGUGACAUUGUUCUUUCAGCCUCUGAUUAUCCAUCAGAAAUCCAUAAUGAAGAUAGCCAUUAUUCUCGCUUAAUGGCUGGUUUUGUAAGAGAUCCUAACAGCUCAUUACUUCCUAUCAGAGUUAAUGACCCACACCUUGAACCACUUCUUUUUCCUGAUAUAUUUCCUGAUGGCGAAGGAUAUUUUUGUGAUUCAAGUGGAGAUAACAGAAAUACUGACCAUGUAGUAACACUGGGAAAUGUUGAAUUUUUAACAACUGAUCCACCAACAAUGCGAAAUAAAGCCAUCAAACCUAUUAAUUAUCUUUUAAAUGAUGAAGAAUCACCAUAUUGGAAUGACCACAUUGAAAAAUAUUUUGCAAGGCCUAAUCAUGAAGAAUUCAAUGAACUAACUUAUCCAAGUUAUUUUGAGCAGUAUAACAUAAUAAAAAGUAGACCUGAUGCAAAAAAUUACCCUGUAUAUGUCGAUCUAUUAGGAAACUAUGUAGUAAAAAGAACAACAAAAAAACUAGUAAGAUUUCACUAUUUAAAAUUCCAAGAUGGUGAACAAUAUUUCUACCAACAAAUUUUAAAAAAUCUCCCAUGUAGAUCCGAGGAAGAGAUACUUGGAAAUUAUGCUACAUAUAAACAACAUUUUUUAUUUUUAUAUCCAGAAAUACAUAAUCAGUUACAACAAAAUACUGCCAAUUAUAUUAGAAACCAAGAACAAUUAAUUAAUGCCAAAUUUUCUGAAAUCAUGGAAAACAUUUUGAAUAAUCUUCAAGACCUGUUAUGUGACAAUAUUUCUCAGCUCUUACAAAUACAAUUGAAUAGCUUGAAGAUUUCUCCAAUGAUAAAUCCACAAAAUACCAUUAUAGAUCUUCCUGAUGAUCAAUUGCAUGAAAGUAAUAGUGGAUACAAAACAUUAGCAUUUUCUGAUACACAAUUUUUCAAACAACUUCAAAAAAUUGAUAUAUUAAUUAUUGAAGAAAUUUCAAUGGUGUCUGCAUUGCUGUUUACUUUUAUUUCUGAAAUGUUUGCUAAAAUACAUGAAAACACAAUUGCUUUUGGUGGGUUAAGUGUUAUUGCAGUUGGUGAUUUAGCCCAACUGCCACCUGCCUCAGGUUUGCCUGUAUAUAAAUCUUCAGUUUGGAAGCUAUUCUAUCCAUUAUUCCUACGCCAACCUCAAAGGCAAAAUCAAGAUUUUCUCUAUUACAAAGCUCUGGAAGAUAUUCGUUUUGGGAAUAUUACUCAGAAAACUCAUAACUUUUUGCUUCAAAAAUUUAAUGAAUCUCAUCAACAAAAAACACUAGAGGAAACACUUAAUACUACUUACAUUGUUGGUUAUAGAGAAACUGCAGCAAGAUUUAACAGAAUGAUCUGUAACAUGCUACCAGUUGAAAAUGAUAAAUUUUGGAUAUGUGAUGCAAUUGAUACUAUUGAUGGUAAACAAAUGGAUUUAACAGACACUAUUGUUUGA